ACCCCACACCGCACCAUGGGGGCCGCCAUCUUGGAGCGUACCGAGUGGAAUGUCGGCCCGGGGGCCAAGCACAGAGCCCGCCUCCGCCGGAAGUGGGCGGACCACCUUGGGCGGUGCCCCCUGCCCGCGUCCCGCAGAUGGUGCGGCCCGGCCCGGAACAAUAUGGCUACGGUAUUUCGGCCCUUGGAAAGUCUGCGGAAGCCGCGUCCUUCGCUGCAUCCCGGGGUGAUUGGCUCAGGCUCCGCCUGCUGCCGCUGCACUCUCGGAGCUAAAAGAUACCUACUCACAGAUAACAUUGUGAAAUUAAAGGAAUUUCAACAUAAGAAGGUAGCUAUUGCAUAUAAUCUUCCGAGCACCAAAGAAAUCUAUUUCAGAAACUUGGAAGAGAAGUUGACCCAGAACAGACUCAUCUUGAAGGAAGAGUUGAAAACGCUGCUGCACCUGUGCCAGUCCUCGGAAGAUGUACAACUGGCGAAAGACGUCAUUUACAGGUACCAUGCAGAAAACAGAAAUUUCACGUUGGGGGAGUAUAAGUUUGGACCACUUUUCAUGAGGCUGUGCUACGAGCUGGACCUUGAGGACUCUGCAGUGGAGCUCAUCAGAGACAAGAAUCUACAAGGUUUCUUCCUAGAUUCAACGUCAUUCAAUAUUUUGAUGGAUAUGUUAUUUACCAAAGGCAAAUAUGAAAGUGCGCUGCAAGUGUUGAUCGAAAUGAAAAACCAAGAUGUAAGGUUCGGCAAAGACACCUAUGUCCUUGCUUUUGCAAUCUGCUACAAACUGAAUACCCCGGAGUCGCUUAAAAUCUGUACUACGUUAAGAGAAGAGGCCCUGAUUAAGGGAGACAUUAUCUCCAGGAGAGCAAACUGUUUUGCGGUGGCAUUAGCUCUGAAUCAGAACAAGUUGGGAAAAGCUAUGUCCAUUUUUUCUCAAAUCAUGAAUCCAGAAAGCGUAGCGUGUAUUAACUUAAAUAUCUUAAUCCACAUCCAGUCAAAUAUGUUGGAAAGCCUGAUGAAGAUCUUAGAGGAUGCACUUGACAUAAAUUUAUCGAAAUUUGUAAGAAGAUACACGUUCUCAGAGGAAGUGCUGGCCAAAGUGAGGGAAAAACUGAAGGACAGCCCAGCACUCACAGCCAGAUUUGAUGAAGUAUAUGGGAGGCUGCAUGUAAACAGUCAAAUCAGCAUUUACACCAUGGAUGCUCUGCUCUGUCAAGUCCCCCGGGACAAGAGAUCCAACACAUUGCUGUUAAAGAAGAGGCCAGUCAGCCAUCGGACCUUACAACCUCUCAGCUGGUCCCUGCUGACUGAGUAACUGUUUUCCAUCUCCAUGGUCUGGAGGAGCUGCUUCAAGUGAAUUACUGGCUUCUCCGAGCUGGGCACCUUACUUACCUCUGUGGCACUGUGCUGACACUUGGUCUCCCUAAGUCCUAAGUCCCUUGAGUGGUGGUGUGCUGGUCAGAGAAAUGUGAAGAGCUAGGUCAAGCAGGGGAGCACCAGAGAAAGGCAGCUGCCCCUGUGUCAGAGGCUCCAGAGUAAGAAUCACAGCUCCUAAUGCAGCCCAGUAGAGUGGAGGUCAGUAAGUAACCGCAGGAAGAGUUUCUCCUGGUCUGUUCAACCCUGGCUCACCUUUCAUGGCAGAGGUGACUCACUGGUUGGGGAGAGGUACCUUGAUGAGCUCGAAACCCUCGUCUCCCAUCUUUGGAAGCAGCCAAGGCCUUCCUCAUCUCUGCCAUCAUUAUUCCAUCUGUGAAGUAAUGCUGCCUGUGUGUGCUUGGAUGGUUUCACAUUUCCACUCAAGGUUCAGUAGAGUUAAACUUUCUCUGGAAUGAGAAAUAAAAGGUACCUGCGUAAACUUGGGUUGUAUUUCUUUUCUCAGCAUGUAAACAAAACUAGAAUUUAGCCUUCAGAAAUGGUAAGUAUGCUAAGUUUAAAAUGAUUAUUGCUGUUGUUAUUGGCAAGCCAAAAAUGCCAAUUAAAAACUAUGGAACGCUUAGUUAUCUACUUAAUAUCAUAAAUACUUGGACCUGUGUGUCACCAUG